GGAGGAGGUGUCGAAUUCCGAUUUCCGUGAAGGAAACCUGGAAUGGUGGGGCUGCCGGCACACCCUCUGCCUCAUGGGGUUCCUGGGCACAGCGGCAGCGUACACUAUUCGUACCAGCCUUUCCAUGGCCAUCGUCGCCAUGGUGAGGUUCAGGGCACCCAACCACACCGCGGCUGCCAACACUUCCGCGCUUGAUGGCGAUGUGUGUCCAAUACCAGAUGACUUUGACGUAUCACCCAGACUAGGACUGGAGGGCGAGUUCGACUGGGACGAGCGCAAGCAGGGGCUGAUCCUGGGCUCCUUCUUCUACGGCUACGCGAGCAGUAACUUCCUGGGCGGGCGGGCGGCGGAGUACCUUGGAGGGCGUCUGGUGUAUGGCCUGGGCAUCUCGAUCAGCGCCCUGCUGACCUUCAUCACUCCCUUCUGCGCCAGGUGGGCCAUGGAGGUCCUCGUCGUCCUGCGCAUCGUGGAGGGAUUUGCACAGGGUGUGAUGUUCCCCGCCAUCAACACCAUGCUGGCCACCUGGACCUCGCCCGUGGAGAGAGGCAAAUUCACGACGUUCGUGCACACAGGCAUUCAGCUGGGCAACAUCGCCUCCUUGUCCCUGAGCGGCGUCCUGUGCAGCUCGGGGUUCCUGGGAGGCUGGCCCGCCGUAUUCUACGUGUUCGGGGCGCUGGGCCUCGUGUGGGGCAUCUUCUGGUUCCUGCUGGUGCAAGACCGGCCGGAGAGGCAUCCCCGGAUCUCGCCGGCGGAGCUCCGUCACCUCCGGGCGUGCAAGAACGCCGUCAAGAGCGAUGUGCUGGUGCCUAUUCCUUGGCGGGAGAUCGCGAAGUCAGCUCCUUUCUGGUCCAUCUUCCUCAUGAAUUGGGCCAGCAGCUAUGGCCUCUACACACUCAUGGCCGGCCUUCCAACUUACCUCAGGAAGAUUCAGCACUUCAAAAUGUCUAGUAGCGGCGUGGUGUCAGCAGCCCCUUACCUGUCCAUGUGGAUAGUUAGCAUAGUGUGGAGCGUCAUCUUGGACCGUCUGGCAGCCAUGGAAGUAAUGUCUGUCAAAACGGUCAGGAGAGUUUCCACUGCUUUCGCAUCCUACGGCCAGACCACCUUCCUCCUGUGCCUGUGUCUGGUGGAGUGCAACCACACGCUGGUGGUCGCCCUCCUGUGCGCGGCGGUCGGGGCGAGCGGGACCCUCUUCGCAGGAUACAACUCCUCCCACCAGGACAUCGCGCCCAACUUGGCCGGGUCGCUGAAGGGCAUCACCAACACCUUCGGGUCCGUGGCCGGCGUGGUCGCUCCGGCCGUCACGGGUUACGUCACGCAGAACAAUCAAACCAUAGGCGCAUGGCGGGUCGUCUUCAUUGUCACGGCCGUCACCUAUUUCGUCAUGUGCACCAUUUACCUCUUUCUCAUGACGGAUAAGGUUCAGCCGUGGAACGAACUCAAGGAAAAUACAACAAGCAAUGAAGAAAGGAAACAGGACUCAGCUGAAAACAAGGACCGUUAACCGCCUCGGAAGAUUUGAAAACGAGAUCGAUCGACUGUAAACUUUUUUCGCUUCUGAAGAUGAACCAUUUUGUAGCUCAGCUGAUAUUCAGUUGGCUUCAGAUCUGAUGAUGAAUACUUACAUUAUUCUCAGUAUUUACUCUAUGAUUAACCAUUUUUUAAGCGUUCGAAGAUGGGUAACAGCAUAAGAAGCCGUCUUGGAUUUCGUUUGUCUACAUUUACUGGAUUAAUCGUCACAGCCUCCUAGUUUUUCCAUUUCAUAUCUAAUUUUUUUCUCUGUCAUAUCCCUUAUUCUACUUUUGUUUACAUGACAAUCGCCCUAGUUCUCCUUUUUCUUUUCAUAUCCCUCUUAUUUUUCCUUAUUGCGCAAAUCUGCCCGCCCGUCUUUCUCGUCUGCCUCUUGUAUAUCCUCUCAUUAUCCUUUCCUACCCGAGUUUAAUAACAAGAAUUUAUCUUUUUCAUUCUACUCCUCCCUCUCUCUAUCUGUCUCCAUUUGUCUCUGUCUGUCUGUCUGUCUGUCUGUCUGUCUGUCUGUCUGUCUCUCUCUCUCUCUCUUUUUUUUCCCUUUUCUCUUCCCUUUGUGUCCAUAAUAGGAGGAAUCCUCUUCCCUCUUCUCUCUGUCCCCCUGCCUUUCAUAUUCUUUUAUUUUUGCUUUCUGUUUUUUUUUUUUUUUUUUUUUUUUUUUUUCUAUUUGAUUGCGAGUCUCUCUCUCCCUUCAUUCUGUCAAUUUACACUAAGCGGUAUCUUCCUUUUUAUCUAUGUCUCAUUUUAGAACCACAUUCACUGACUUCCGUGGCGGUGCUCAACCUUCUGUAUAUAAACUUAAUAAUUGAUUAAAUAACAAGUAAAU